CCUUGACCUCUUGAUAUUCGACGAGUGGCAAAACAAACGUGCAGAAAGCUAUCAGAGCAGAGCGAUUAUAAAGCUGCAUUUUGCGGAGUGAGGACUAUUUUUGUCACGGCGGAACAACAUCAGUCUUGUCCAUUAUUCCCGCUUUCCAGGUACGCUGAUACGUGAGUUAUCGGAGUUUGCAGGGUACAAUGUUGGAAGAAGAGCGUUAAGCCAACUUAAGGACAUCAAUGUGUGCUGCCUCGCCAAUGUAAACCUACUGGACAGAGCCACUGGGAUUGGAAGCGCGGCGUGAAGACCAACUGACUGCCUCCCACCCGUGUCAGGGACCCAGCGUGAUCAGUACCCUGGGAAACCAGCUCGAAGAAGCUUUGCAAAGAAGAGUUACCAACCCCCACCUGCCUCACGCGCACCCUCCCGCAACUAUACACCUGCCCCACUACCAGCUGGUCCAACUUACGCCGGCCCCCGACUAUUGCUUGCUUCUCCGAGAGGCAAGCGAAAGUUGAGGCCAGCUGGGUCGUCGGGCUGGCGGGUGUCAGGUGUUCCGGGGGCAUGUGUGGCGGGGAUCGGUAAACCUAGCGCGCCUCGUAGGAGUCUGCGUUUUCCCAGGGUACGUGACCAGAUACUCGAUACGACUAGUACUACAAGAUGGCAUCGGCUGGUAAAGAGAUCUCGACACGCAAGUGUCCUCUCUGCAAGUUCACUACUGCUGACCAACAGCAGCUGGAGUCACACAUGUUCACACAUAUCAAGGCAAACCUCAUAGUUUGCGAUAAGUGCGGAUACAGAGCACUGAACCAUGGAGCGAUGACAAAGCACAUGAGGACUCAUACUGGUGAGAGACCACCUCGGGCUUGUAAGCCGCGCAUGGAUACCUUAAAGUGUCCCCUAUGCAAGUUUGCCGCGACAAACCGAAAGGAGUUCGAGUCGCACAUGUUCACUCAUGCGUGCUUCAGGUCAAUGUGGAAAACCACGAUGGAAAAACAGGUGAAGACUCACAUUGGUGAGGAACCAUUUGUGCAAGUGGCCAGCAGUGAGCCUAGUACAGAGAUGUCCCGACAUAGUUGCCAUCUCUGUAAGUACACCACCACAGACCAAAAGGAGUUGGAGUCCCAUAGGGCUGUACACGUGACUUACACAGGUGAGCCCUUCAUGUGUGGGGAGUGCAUGUACCGGACAGACUCCAUGUACUCGCUGCAGAUGCACAUGAACACCCAUUUGAAGGAGAUAGCUACAGUGUGUGAACCUGCGUGUGAGCAGAGUCAGAACAACAGUUCCACCAACAUUGAGCCUAACCAAGAGAACAUGGCCGCCAAUAGCAACUCCUGUUGGGACAACAUAGCCACCAACAAUGAGGCCAUCCACAACAAGAUGGCCACCAACAUUGAGCCUCUGAGCCAGCACUAGAUGGUUGUCAAAAGUGAGCCCAGUCAGGACAAUCUUAUGGAAACCCACACAAAUGAUGUUUGUGAACGUUCUGACUACAGUGAGUAGGACAAGAGUCAAGUGAAAGUUGGUGUGAAGAAUGUGACCUCAAUACUUUUGUCGAGCAUGGACUGAGGAACAAUUGGUAUGUCACACGUUGCCAUUCAUGUGUGGAGUGUGCGGCCAAAGGGCAUCUUCCAAGCAUGUGCACCAGUUGGAUGCGCACAUGAUGACCCACACCAGCGAGAAAACGUUCCAAAACUUCCACCUGAAAGAUCUGUUGUGUAUUCUACAUGUAGUUAGUUGUGCUGUGCCUAG